AUGACGCUGGCGAAGUCGCGCCACGCGUGCCAGCGGUCCAAGGCGAAGCGCGCGGCGCUCCUCGCCGACCUCGAGGCGCGCCGCGGCCGCGCGCGCGGCUGCCGCGCCGUCAUCUUCACGGAGUACAAGGACGUCCACGCGGAGCUCGUCCGCGACCUCCGCCAGACGUUCCCGAGCUUCCGCGUCUUCGAGUUCUCGGGCGGCACGGACGCAAACGUGCGCCACCGGUCCAUCCGCGAGUUCCAGGCCGACGAGGGCCCACCGGACCGCAUCUUCGUCAUCACCAUGCGCGCGGGCUCCGUCGGCAUCACGCUCACGGCCGCGGACGUCGUCUACCUCCUCGGGCCCUGCGUCGACCCCGCCGACGAGGUCCAGGCCGCGGGGCGCAUCCACCGCCUCGGCCAGUCCAGCGACGUCCUCAUCAAGAAGUUCGUCGUCAACGGCACCGUCGAAGCGUCCAUCUGCGAGCUCCACGACAAGAUCAAGGCCGGCGCGCUCGCGCUCGACAGCGCCAACGUCUCCCGCGCGGCCGCGACGCUCCUCUGCAGGCAAGUAAGGUCGUUCGUAAGGGCGAAAGGGGUACUUAAGGAGCGCGCGAGCCUACUCGUCGUCGGCGUCCUCGUCGAGGCGCUUCUCGAGCUUGUCGAGGCACGCCUCGCAGACGCGGCCGCCGGACCAGGACUCCUGGAGGAGCGCGCGGAACGAGGCCUGGCCGCGCGGCGAUGCGCAGGAGUCGCGAAGAGCGGGAGCGAGCUUUCUGAGCUGGCCCUUGCGGGAUUGCUCGUGGCAGCCGUCGCAGAUGAAAUUCGCACACCCGACGCUGCCGCGGCAGCGCGUCAUGGCCAAAUCCGUCAUGGCGUCGAUGUCGUCGCCGCACUCGCCGCAGCGCGGCGGCGGCGGGGGCGGCGGCACGGCGAGCGUCGGUCGCGAUACGGGCUCGUCGUCGUCGAGGCGUAG